GACAAACAUUCUCAAAUAAACGUUCACUUUACACUAACGCCAUGUUUGAAGCCAAAGCAGCCUCAUGACACACUCAAACUACAUUUACCAGAAUGCUUCAGGAGUAGGGCUGGUGCCAGACAAAGACCAUGCGCACCGGGGUGUGGCCGAAACACGCGCGCCCAUAACGCUUACGCGCACACCGGAGAGUAUUUCCGAGUGGGUUUUCUGCUGCUCGUCCUUCUUCUCUUCCUCUCUUCUCUCUCUGCCGGGUCUGCUCACAGAGCUCCAUCUGACAGCUGCUUCUCUAAGACUUUUUUUCUUAUCCCUGAGGAAACCUCCCAGACUGUCAGAAUGGCCAGCAAAGGAACCGUGAAACCCAGUUUGAACUUCAAUGCCACCUCAGAUGCAGAGCUCCUGUACAAGGCCAUGAAAGGGCUCGGGACCAAUGAGGACGCCAUCUUGGAGCUCUUGACGGCUCGCAGCAACACCCAGAGGCAGGACAUCGACAAAGCCUACAAAACUCUGUUUGGAAAGGAUCUGAUCAAGGACCUGAAGGGAGAGCUGGGGGGCAAGUUUGAGACCCUGGUCGUGGCUCUGAUGACCCCACCCCUGGCUUAUGAUGUGACAUCUCUCCGCAAUGCCAUCAAGGGGGCAGGAACUGAUGAGAAGGUUUUGGUGGAGAUCCUCGCCUCAAGAACACCUCAGCAGGUGAAGGAAAUCAUCGCUGCUUACAGAAAGGAGUAUGAUGACAACCUGGAGGAGGAUGUAGCAGGUGACACCUCCGGUCACUUUAAGAGGCUUCUAGUUAUUCUGCUGCAGGCGAACAGGCAGUCGGGGAUUCAGCAGGAUAAAAUUACGAGUGAUGCUGAGGCCCUCUUCAAAGCCGGAGAGGAAAAGUUCGGCACUGACGAACAAUCAUUCGUCACCAUCCUUGGAAACCGGAGCGCAGAACAUCUCAGGGAAGUAUUUAACGUUUACAUGAAGAUAUCUGGGUACGAGAUGGAGGAGAGCAUCAAGAGGGAAACCUCUGGAGGCCUGAGAGAUCUGCUUCUCGCUGUUGUGAAGUGUGCCAGGAGUGUUCCAGUCUAUUUUGCUGAGACCCUUUACUAUGCAAUGAAGGGUGCAGGAACUGAUGACAACACCCUGAUCAGAGUGAUGGCAACUCGCUGCGAGGUGGACUUGAUGGAUGUCAGAAAGGAGUUCAGGAGGCUGUUUGCAUGCUCUCUGCAUUCCAUGAUCAAGGGAGAUACCGGCGGAGACUACCGAAAGGCUUUACUGUUGCUCUGUGGCGGAGAUGAUGCGUAACCAGGGUGACUAGCAAUACAACAGGACCCACACCUGAAGUGCCUCUUCUCUAAAACUCUCGUUUGACAAAGAUGGUCUCAUCAGGCUUUUUUUAAACUAUGACUUCAAGUAAUGUCUUUGAAAGGUAGCUAAUGUUUUGUAUUUCCACGUCAUUGCAGCUUUUGGCUGACUAAUUUCUCCAGUAUGACUCUAAUGAUCUCAUUUAUACAUUAUGCAAUGCUUAAGUAUCAGACCAUAAUUGUUUUGUUUGCACUUUGCAUGGCAGAAACAAAACAUGCGAUAAUAAACAUUUCAGAUGAAGUACAA